AUGCCACAGCCACAAAUAUCUCAAAUACCACAGCCGCCCUCAACAUAUCCGUAUAACCCACAACCGAAUACUCCAACUCAGCCACCUCAGCCCUCCACACCUUUUCGCACCCCUCCUCCUGAUGUCGCUUUACUACGCAUCUCUCUUCGACACUCAGCGCACUUUCCCUGGACACAGGCGGGGAUCCCGCCGACGACCGACAAGGAUCGGUCGCCGCUCUUCCUUGGAAUCGCUGACUUCAGAGAUGGCAUGCAUCCCUGCAAGAUCAGGCCCAGCAACUAUCCCAUGCUUUGGGUUUCCUAUGGGGGGAAAGAAUACCCAUAUCGCGGGGUGGGUUUCCUCCUCCCAUUUGAUCCCACCACGAUGGAGUGGGUCCCGGCGGCCGACGGGCGAAUCCCCAGCGGGAGGCGCCCUGUCGAAGGCGGAUAUGAGCGCAUCGGAGGGCAGAAGCUCUACCAUGCUCUUGCUGUGGUGGAAGGCGUGAAAACACCAGGAAAGACUGGUGAACAUAUUAAGGGGGCCAACGUGUCGUUUGCCGACCGCGAGCAUCACGUUCGCAACUAUGAGAUAUUGUGUUGGCGCGAUUGCUGAGCGCCUCGUUACGUGGCGCUAACCUACACCCCGACGAUGCGCAUUCUACGGCACUGCUGCCAUAGCUAAACACGAAGGAAGCCGCCUCAUCCAGCGAUCGCGUGGACGUCGAUGGCCCCUAGUCCGUCUACUCGCAAGCACCUUGCUUGUCGCCCCAUAAUUGUCUGACGAUCUCUCGUCACCUGCCUCAGUCUUGACUCCAUUCCUGACAUAUGGCUUGCAUGUUUCGCACAUUGAAGAAGGAGCUUGAAGUGUCGGCCACCGGAUUCUUCAGUUAUGCAAUCUCUUGAUGCAAUCAUGUCUUGCCGUCUCGCUCAUUGUGCUUGAAUAGUAUAGGCUGUACUCUCCUCCUACUGCGUGGUUCGUGACAUUGUGGAAGCAGCUUCUUCUGUCAACAGAAACGGACACUAAAAAUAAGGAGACACUAUGCAGAAGCUUAUGGACACCAUCAAGGGUCUUUCUCGGACGCGCAG